UGUGCCGGGGCUGAGGCGCCGCGCAUGCUCCCGCCCCGCCCAGCCCCGCCGUACCGGGGCCCAUGACGGAGAGCGACGGCGCCGGCAGCCGCCAUGGCGGCCCGCCUGCUGCGGCCGCUGCCCAGACUGAAGCCAUUUAACAGACUGCAAGUAAUAUUACAGCAUUUGAAAAUGUAUAAGCAUACUGGUUCUUCAGAUGAAGUGUUGUUGGAAAAGAAAGGAGGUGCAGGAAUAAUAACUUUGAAUAGACCCAAGGCUCUCAAUGCACUAAAUCUUUCUAUGAUCCAACAAAUUUAUCCACAAAUAAAGGCUUGGGAGCAAGAUCCUGAAACUUUUCUAAUAAUCAUAAAGGGAACUGGAGGAAAAGCUUUUUGUGCUGGUGGUGAUAUCAGAGCCAUCACAGAUGCAGGAAAAGUUGGAGAUAAACUGGCACAAGAUUUCUUCAGAGAAGAAUAUACCCUGAACAAUGCCAUUGGCACUUGCAAGAAACCUUAUGUGGCACUUAUUGAUGGCAUUACAAUGGGAGGGGGAGUUGGCCUUUCAGUCCAUGGACAUUUCCGAGUUGCUACAGAAAAGACUCUUUUUGCAAUGCCAGAAACAGCAAUAGGCCUUUUUCCUGAUGUCGGUGGAGGAUAUUUCUUGCCAAGACUUUCAGGAAAGAUUGGCUAUUACCUCGCACUAACAGGAUUUCGGCUGAAAGGACGAGAUGUGCUGAAAGCGGGCAUCGCUACACAUUUUGUAGAAUCAGAAAAGCUACCUGACUUAGAGAAAGACCUGAUAGCAUUGAAAUCUGCUUCAAAAGAAAAUAUUGCAGACUUACUGAACUCUUACCACGUGAAGAGCAAAAUUGAUCAAGAAAAGGAGUUUGUACUUGAUGAACAUAUGGAGAAGAUUAACAGUCUUUUUUCAGCAAAUAGCAUGGAAGAAAUUGUUAAAAAAUUAAAGGAAGAUGGUUCUCCUUUCGCCAUUAAGCAGCUAGAGACCAUUAAUAAGAUGUCACCUACAUCCUUAAAGAUGACUCUCAGACAGCUCAGAGAAGGAGCUUCCAUGAGCCUGCAGGACGUGCUCACGAUGGAGUACAGGCUGAGCCAAGCGUGCAUGAGAGGCCAUGACUUCUAUGAAGGGGUUCGAGCAGUGCUGAUUGACAAAGACCAAUCCCCCAGAUGGAAGCCAGCUGCUUUAGAAGAAGUCAGCGAUGAAUUUGUGGACAAUUGUUUUAAGCCUCUGGGAAACAAUGAUCUCGAGUUGUAAUGAUCGAGCCCAUUGACAUCUUACACAAGUGCUUAAUUUUGUGAUAUGAAAAUGAAUAGCAGUGUGGUGAAGCUUGACAAGCCUUCUAGCUAGCUGGAGAUUUGUAAGUCUGCUUUUUUUGUGAUCAGGUACAUUCUCUUCUCUUAAGCUACUGUAACGACAAAAUAAUCAUCUUUCUUAUUAAUAAGGGGAAAAAUGACUUCAAGGCAAAUUGCUCUUCUUACUGCUGUUAGACAGUGAUUAACAUUUUAUUUUUUUUUGCAUCAGCUGUUAGGAGGAACCGUGCAGGGAGACAGCGUGGGGAAGGGAUGACCUAAUAAGCAAGGAGUAAGGAGACCUCGGUGUUCUUGGCUCUGCCAGGGAGCUGUUAACCAGGAUUGUGCCUCAGGUUCUUCUCUAUAGAGCAAAACUAAAAUACGCUUACAGACUGACAUAGCAUAAGUCUGAGAGCAAGAAAUUGUUCUAUUGAUUUAACAUUUGGUCGGGAUUCAGUCUUGCCACGUGACACAGACAUUGUUUCCAACGCCAUAAUAUUGCCAGAGGCUAGAGCACGUUUCUGUUUGCUUGUCAAACUGUUUUAUUUUAUUUUUUAAUGCCAUUGAUUGAACUGCAUAAUGAGGUUUUUUAUGAUUUUGAGCGUUGCUAGAGCCUGUCCUGGUCUCACAGGCAAAGCAGUAGCUGUCUCAGAACUUGUCUGAGUGCCAGGGGGAACAUUUGCUGCUGCUGCAAAUUCGAGCUCAGCCCUCAUUCUGCAGGCGGCUGGAGCUGAGCUGGAUCAACCAGUCUGGGUUCACUUCCAUUUAUACCCAUAAACAUCCUCAACUGGAAGUGCCCCUGUCUGCUGGGUGGAAAACUGGUGAAAAGCAGUAGGAACUGAUGAUGCAGAGUGGUGGAAAACAAAGCAUCUGCUGCUACACAAGUCCUGUAGGUCUUUAAUACAACAUAGCCUAGCAAGUGUGCUUGUGGGCAUCAACAUCUAAACUGUCAGCAAAAAAACCCUCACUGUGUGUUCACUAAAGGUUGCUGGGGUGUGAUGCUAACAACACUGACAGUUAUGACAUAACCAGAGCCCCUUGAUACAAUUAUGAUCUUUUUUGGAUUAAAAAAAAAUAAUUCUAUUAUGUAUGCAACACAGCUACAGAUCUUUGUUCAGUGUUAAGGCUGCACGCUUUUUUUUUGUGGCUAAUCAAGUCAGUAUCUCUUGCAGCUUGUUUCUAGUAAUAGACAGGUCACAGAUACACAGUUUUGGCUCUGAAGACCUAGGAAAGAUGAACCACUGACAUUAAAGGAAGAAGACUUUGGUUCAACACAGCCAGGUAUCAGCAGUGGGGAAUUAAAAAAGACAGAGCCACGGUGGAGUUCUCGACAUUGGGCAGGUUUUGAUUCCAACAGUAAUGGUUUAGCGCUGGAUUUGGGCUCCUUCCUGCCCAGAAGCUGCUGCCUGGAAACAAACUUCAGGGAAUUCAAGCAUCAGGGUGACCUUCUAGAUUGAGGUGAGCAAAAUCAAGAAAAGAAAUGGCACUUGGCACUGUCACUAGAUUAAAAUAAAAUUGGUAAAAGUUCAGCUGCCAUUUAAUGUUACCUUGUAUGUAUUUGCUAUGAGAUAGUCCCUCAAUUUAUUUUCAAAAGUAGUUGAGAGGCUUUGUUAAAACCUUUAGGAUAACUUCUGAAAGUAUGACUUGAAUUUCUACCUCAUGGGUGCUGUAAGGAAUGUAAACCUCCCCCUUCUUUUUAUUUUUUAACAUUUUACAUUCUUAAACAAUGGCUAUGGUUAAUUUAUUUAAACACAAUUGGUUCAUUCCAAUAUUCUUGUACAAAACCGGCAAUCACCAGCUACUCUAAAUAACAGGAAACAGAGCAAUCCCCAGGAUCACACAGAUCGUGCCUUCUGUGCUUGGAAAGGACCUAAAAUGCUUCAGCAAAAGCAUACUGCUGAAUGAAUAAACAUCGACUUGCAUGUUCAUUUGCUUCCAGAAUUUUUGUGAAGGGGAAUUAUCCCAAGCUCAUGGGAACAAAACCCUGUCCAAUCUGUGCAUUUUUAUCAAAUAAAAGUCCUACAAGCAGAA